GAAGAAAGGGAGUCCGGACGCGCAGAGGCUGACCCGGAGCCUACCCAUGAGGCAGCGCGCUGGCUCCACGAGAGCCCCCCCUGCCCACGGCUCGGCCGCCUGCUCCGCAAUGGGAGCCGCCGCCGUCGCCGCCGUGUAGUUUUUCGUGCUCCUCCUUUUCCUCCUCCUCUUUCUCCUCCUCCUCAGGGCCCCAGUCAGGCCGAUCCGCUCCGCUCACGGGUUUAAUAUCUGACUUUCAACUUUCGGAUUGCUGACGGCUGAUAGAAAGGUCCUUAUGGAAAAAAGUACAGCAUGGAAGUGGCUUUGUUAAAUUCCAUGAGGAAAAAUAAAUAAUCUCCCAACUUUAUUGAAUAGAAAAAGUAAAGAAAACUGAGGUAUAACUUGCUGCCUUGUAUGGAGUCACAUGAUAAUUCAAAAAUGGCAGAGCUCUUUAUGGAAUGUGAAGAAGAAGAGUUGGAACCAUGGCAGAAGAAAGUAAAAGAGGUUGAUGAUGAUGAUGAUGAUGAACCGAUCUUUGUUGGAGAGAUAUCAAGUUCAAAACCAGCAAUUUCAAAUAUUUUGAAUAGAGUAAACCCCAGCUCAUAUUCAAGGGGAAUAAAGAAUGGUGCACUCUGCCGAGGUAUUACUCCUGCAUUCAAGCCUACAAGUCAACAUUACACGAAUCCAGCAUCAAAUCCAGUGGCUGCCUCGCCGGUAAAUUUUCAUCCUGAAUCUAGAUCUUCAGAUAGUUCUGUUAUUGUUCAGCCUUUGUCUAAACCUGGUUAUGUAACGAACUCAUCACGAGUUGUUUCUAAUAAUUCUUCAGAGUUACUGUUUGACUUGACCCAAGAUUCAGGAUUACCACAUUACCAAGCAGGACCAGCACUUUCUAUAACAGGUAUGAAUGAAAGUUCAUUUUUAUCAAAACGUCCUUCUACUUCUGAAGUAAACAGUGUUAACCCAAAAAAGUCUAAACCCAGUGAAGGUGUUUCUGGAACAAAUUCCUCAGCUGUAUUUUCUUCAGUUAAAUCUCUUUCAGUGACAUCUCCCCAGGCUAUGCCAUCAAAAGGUUCAAAUACUUCAUCAAAUCAGUCUAAAAACGGAACACCUUUUCCAAGAGCCUGUCCAAAGUGCAAUAUUCAUUUCAAUCUUUUGGAUCCUUUGAAAAAUCACAUGAAGUACUGUUGUCCAGACAUGAUAAAUAACGUUUUGGGGCUGGCUAAAACAGAAAUUUCAAGUACAGCAAAUAAAAAUAAAACUAUUGAUUCGGAAAAAGGAAAACUGAUUAUGUUAGUUAAUGACUUUUAUUAUGGGAAACAUGAAGGAGAUGUCCAGGAAGAACAGAAGACUUACACAACCUUUAAAUGUUUCAGUUGCUUGAAAAUUCUUAAAAAUAAUAUUAGGUUUAUGAACCACAUGAAACAUCAUUUGGAACUUGAGAAGCAGAGCAGUGAAAGCUGGGAAAACCACACCACCUGCCAGCACUGCUACCGUCAGUUUCCCACACCAUUUCAACUGCAGUGUCACAUUGAAAGUACACACACACCCCAUGAAUUUUCUACCAUUUGCAAAAUAUGUGAAUUGUCAUUUGAAACAGAGCAUAUCCUUUUACAACAUAUGAAGGACAAUCAUAAACCUGGUGAAAUGCCAUAUAUUUGCCAGGUUUGCAAUUAUAGAUCAUCAUCAUUUUCUGAUGUAGAAACUCAUUUUAGAACAUCUCAUGAAAACACCAAGAACUUGCUAUGUCCAUUUUGUCUCAAAGUUAUUAAAAUUGCAACACCCUAUAUGCAUCAUUAUAUGAAGCAUCAGAAAAAGGGAAUACACCGUUGUACAAAAUGCAGACUGCAAUUUUUAACAUGCAAAGAGAAAAUGGAUCACAAGACUCAGCAUCAUCGGACAUUUAUAAAGCCUAAACAACUAGAAGGAUUGCCUCCUGGAACAAAAGUUACUAUUCGAGCUUCAGUUGGACCUCUUCAAUCAGGAUCUUCAACCACACCUUCCAUUAGUGCAAGCACUUCUACCCUUCAGCUCUCACCUCCGAGGACUAAAAAUAUAACUGCUAAAAGUCCCACAAAAUCCAACACAAGUAAACCUAAUAUAACUAAAUCCAUUGCAAGUAAACCUAAUGCAAGUAAGCCUAAUGGAAAUAAACCUAAAUACAAAUCAAAAAUAUCUAAUCUGCAAAAGAAACAAAGCACAUUGGCUAGUAGCAAUAAAAAAAGUAAAGUCAAUACAGCAUUGAGGAAUUUAAGGUAUCGUCGGGGAGUUCACAAGUGCAUUGAGUGUUAUUCUGAAAUAAAAGAUUUUGCAAACCACUUUCCUACCUAUGUCCACUGUAGUUUUUGCAGAUACAACACUAGCUGUAGCAAAUCCUAUGUGAAUCAUAUGAUGAGCUUUCAUAGUAAUCGUCCAAGUAAAAGGUUUUGUAUCUUUAAGAAGUAUUCAGAAGAUCUCAGGGGCAUUACUCUAGUGUGCCUUAAUUGUGAUUUCCUAACUGAUGUUUCUGGCUUAGAUAAUAUGGCUACACACUUAAGUCAACAUGAAACUCAUACUUGUCAAGUUGUAAUAGAGAAAGUUUCUGUUUGUAUCCCAACUUCUGAACAUCUUUCUGAAUUAAAAAAUGAAGCUCCCACAAAGGAACAAGAAUCUGUGUCUGAGAAAAUAAUUUCUCUCAACGGAUCACAAGAAAUUAUUGGAAGUUCAGAUCCUGAAAUACUCUAAAUUCAGUUGAACUAAAAACAUUAAAAUCAUAUAACUAAUCAUUAAAAAUAUUCUGUGUUUCAUUUGUAUAGUAAAGUUCAAAACAUUUAUAGUGUUACUAGGAAAUCAUGUUGUCUGAAAUACUAUGGAGAAUGAAAGAAGUAAAAUAGUUCUUUUUACUUUUUUAUUAUAAACCAGGUAUAGUACAUUAUGAGUGAAUGUUUUUGAUUACUAGGUAUAUUUACAUUAAGAAUGAUAUCAUUGCAAGAGAAGAAAGUUUCAAAUUAAUUGAAAUAAAACAAGUUGGAUAAUUAUACCUCAAUAAAGCUAUUAUUAAAAAUAAACUAGACAUGGUCUAGAUUAUCACAUUUUGAUAAGGUAGAAAGAGAUACUUAUAUAAAAAAAUGGUCAUGGCCAGGAUAUGAUAAUGGAGUAGAUAUGGCAGAUGUAUACAAGUUUAUAUAAGCCAGUAUUUCUCUCCCUAAAUAAUUAUGCCAAAUUUGUGCCUUUCUCAGCUCAUAAUCAUAAUUCAAUAUAAAAAAUUAUACAUCUGUAAAUUUAAAUAUGAUCAUCUUUUUUUUAGUAUUGUACAAAGGAUAUAUAUUUUAGGAGUGGGGUAAUAUAGCGAGCAGAUGAAAUAUUCUUGCAAUUCUGAAAACAAUAUUAAAAUCAUAUACAGAUCCCUGAUAAGCAUCAAGAUUAAACUCAAGCAAGAUACUUGAUACUUUACACACAAAUUAUAGACAUUUAUCAGCUAUGAGAAGAAAUAGUUUCAAAUGUCAAAAUACUUUAUUUUGAGAUCAAAAACAUCUUGGUAAAAAUACAUUACAGAUUUUUAUAAAAAUUAUAUUUUGAACAAAGUGGCAAAAGUUUAAUAAAGUUUUACAGUUAGAAAACAUGACCGUGUAUAAAUCUCCAUGCUUUAAAAAAAUCCUGUUCUUUUGCUUUCCACAAAUGAGAGAAAGUGAUGUUGAAAGUGUGUCCAGUGAAUGUAAAACUUGAGCAAGAGAUGUGAAUAUUCUCCCUGAAUUUGAAAAUAAAUGAAAAAGAAAUUGGCAGUGUAUGAUUCACUAAAUGAGAGUAUUGAUAAUUAUGGGAAAAGUGCUUAUCAAGUAAACAGGUUAUAAAUGCCCUAACUUCAUAUUUGAAAUAGAUAUAUGAAAAAUUAAAUAAAAUGUCUUCAGAUUUUGAACUUUUAAACUGGAGCAAAGUUAUUUUCUAUAAAUUACAUCUGAUUUACAAAAAGUAGCUGCUGACUCAGUCCUUAAAUAUUUUGACAAUAUAAGUUCUAUAGAAAUUUCAUAUGAAGUAGUUUAAAGCAACAUAGAAUAUAAGCACUAUAUUUGUGUUUUCUAAAACUGAUUAACAAAGUGAUACCCAGAUUUUAAAACAAUGCCACAGUCACAGUAAAAUGAAGUUUCAGUAGGCUAAUUUUAAAUUAUUUAAAAUUGUCAUUUGAUCAAGAGAAAUUGCCAAAUAUGAUAGUUUACUUAUUUGAAAACAAGAUAAGAAAAAAUUAGAUUUUGAAAAUAUUAUUGAUGUGCUUGCUUCCACUAAAACCAGUAAAGUAAAAUAGUAACAAAUUCUGGUUUUUGUUGGAAUAAAAUGUUUAAACUUAAACUACUAUUUGAGUUUAAUAUACUUACUUUUCAAGUUUUCAACACUUUUCAACUACGUAAGUGUUCUGUGGGGAAAAACUUAUAAACUAUACAGAGAGGAGGAUUCUGAGAAGAUGGCACAGUAGGAAGCACAAGGGAUCUGGCUUCCCACCUAGACAGCAAUUGCACAGGCUGAAUCUAUCUGAUAUAACUAUUUUGAAACUCUUGAGUCUGUUAAAGGCUUGUAACUUCCAGAAGACUUGCAGAGUGAAUUUCAGUUAACUUACAUCAAUUUAAGCACUUAACACUGUAGCAACCAUAUGGCAGGCAACUGUGCCCAUCUUCCUAGAGCAGCUUGCAUGCAACUUAUGGGAGCUAGAGUGGGCAAAAAAGACCUUGUCCUCCAGAUACUGGGAAUCUGUGCUGUUAUCAUUGAUUGCUGCUGCUUAACACAGAGUUUUGAAGACAAGGAAGUGGGCUCAGUAUUGCUGCACCUCCUCCCUUUCUUGCAAGCACCUUCCCCUCCAGCUGAAGUGACUUCCAAGGGAUUUAAGUGCACAGCCCUUUUUCGUCCUUCAUUUUUCUCUUUUCCCCCUUUCAGGAGCCAGAUAUUAACAACUUAUUGAACAGUGACAUAGUAAUACAUCUUUUAUUACCCAAACCUUAUUGACCAAAGUCUUUCAACAUUCACUUACAGAACAAAUUGCCAGCCACUGGCAUUAGUUUCUGCAAAAAUCCCCUGGUCAAUAAUGUGUUUGGGGAUUGUCCUAACACAUUAUUGUCCUAGUCAAUAAUGUGACUAGGACAUUCAAAAUCAACUGUAUAUGUGGGUAAAAUUAGAAAGUGCUUGUAUAUGCCAAGGGAAAGGCUCAGAAAAGACAUGAGAAGACCUCAAGUUUACACCUCAGGCUGAUUUGGGAACAGAGAUAGCCUACAAAAAUAAAAAAUUUUUUAAUUAAAACCAGAAAACGCUGGGCUAGGGGGAGAAUCUGAUUCUCAGAGUUACUACAUUAUUAGACUCAGAGUUCAACACUCUAGUGUUCAAGAAACAAUCACAAGGCGUACAAAGAAACAGGCAAAAAUGGCCCAUUCAAGAGACAAAAUUCAACAGAAACUUCUGAAAAAGACACGUGCCAGAUAUACUAGACAAAGACUUUAAAGCAACUGUCAUAAAGAUGCCCAGAGAACAAAAGAAAGGUGUGGUGAAAGUCAAGAAAAUAGUAUAUGAACAAAAUGGAUAUAUAAGUAAAGGGAUAGAAAACCUAAAAAGAAAUUCUGGAGAUGAAAAGUGCAAUAACUGAAGUUGAAAAAUUCACUAGAGGAUUCAAAGGCAGAUUUGAAAAGAGAAGAAUCAACAGACUUGAAGUUAAGACAGUAGAAGUUACUGAGUUUGAGGAACGAAAGGAAACAGCUUGGAAAAAGUGAACAGAGCCUACGGGACGUAUAGGCCACCAUGGAGCAGACCAACGUGCACAUGAUGAGAGUCUCAGAAGGAAAAGAGAGAGAAAGGGGCAGAGAGACUAUUUGAAGAAAAAGAGAUUGCAGACUUCCCAAAUUUGAUGAAAUACAUGAAUAUAACCAUUCAGGAAACACAAAGAAUUCCAAGUAAGGUGAAUUCAAAGAGACCCACACUGAGACAUAUUAUAAUUAAACUUCCAAAAGGUAAAGCAAGAAUCUUGAAAGCAGGAAAGAGAAAUGAAUCGUCACAUACAAGGCAUUCUUAAUAUUAUCUACAGACUUCUGAUCAGGAAUGUUGGAAAUCAACAGGCAGUGGGUUGAUAUAUUCAAACCACUACAAAGAAAAAAACGUAUCAAGAAUUCUAUAUCCCACAAUACUAUCCCUCAGAAGUUAGAAAUUAAGACAUUGUCACAUAAACAAAUCUAAGAGUUCUUGACCACUAGAUCUGCCCUACCAGAAGUGCUCAGGGAAUUCUCCAUGGUGAGACAAAAGGGCAGUACAUGAAACUCAGCUCUGUAGCAAAAUAAGUAUCUCAAUAAAGGUAAGUGCACGGGCGGUUUUAAAACUACUACUUUGUAACAGUGAUUUGUAGUUGUACCUAAUACUUUUUGUUUUCUUAUGUGGGUUAAGAGAUGAAUAAACUUAAUAAAAACAA